AUGGCUGUUCUCUCAAAGGAGUACGGCUAUGUCAUCCUGACGGGGGCUGCCAGCUUUGUCUUGGUCACGCACCUCGCGGUGAAAGUGGCCAAGGCCCGCAAGAAGUACAACGUGGAGUAUCCAACUAUGUACAGCACAGACCCUGAACACGGGCGUAUAUUCAACUGCAUCCAGCGUGCACACCAGAACACAUUGGAAGUUUACCCCACCUUCCUGUUCUUUUUAGCCACCGGUGGAAUCUACCACCCGCGGAUUGCCACGGGACUUGGCAUCACCUGGAUCCUUGGGAGACUCCUCUAUGCCUAUGGCUACUACACAGGAGAACCAAAAAACCGAAGGAGAGGGGCCAUUGGUUCAGCUGCACUCAUUGGGCUGGUGGGCACAGGCGUGUAUUCGGCUUGCCAGCACCUCGGCUGGAUCUGCCAGGACUGA